CAUAGCGUGUCAUGUCAAUCUCCGUUCAACAACAGAACAUAUUUAGUUUUAAUGUAAUUUAUAGCAAGAGGGUCUUAUUUCAAAAAUAAUUAAAUAAAAAAUAACAAAUAAACCAAUGGCAACACGCAAAUCUUAAAUUUACAUUUGAAUUGUUCUCCAACUAAGUCAGUUAUCCUCAAUAGCUGAGACCGAUCGGACGUAUUGCUCAAAUAUGGAUGCGAAGUUGAGCUUACUGAUAGUAGGUGCAGCGAUAUUCGCUUUAACACAUCAUUGCUCAGCUGAACUUUUUGGGGCGUGUGCGGCUGAUGGAGAAUGUACCGGUGCUGGCGGAGACGCUAAUGCUGUAUGUGAUACAGGAGCUGAUGUUGAUGGUAACUGUGUAUGUGCAUCUGCAUACAAGGAUUUUGGAGGCGACUGUGUCGCAAAAGGUCUAGGUGAUAAUUGCGCUGAUACCUCGGACUGUGCAGGAGUCUCCAACGCUGAAUGUAGCGGUACAACUUGCGCAUGUGCGGCAAAUUUCAGAAAUGAUGGGGGAAGUUGCGUAUGUGAUGGACAAUACAAAAUGGAUGGAGUUAAUUGCGUUUCCAAAGGUCUAGGUGAUAAUUGCGCUGAUACCGCGGAGUGUGCAGGAGUCUCCAACGCUGAAUGUAGCGGUACAACUUGCGCAUGUGCGGCAAAUUUCAGAAAUGAUGGGGGAAGUUGCGUAUGUGAUGGACAAUACAAAAUGGAUGGAGUUAAUUGCGUUUCCAAAGGUCUAGGUGAUAAUUGCGCUGAUACCGCGGACUGUGCAGGAGUCUCCAACGCUGAAUGUAGCGGUACAACUUGCGCAUGUGCGGCAAAUUUCAGAAAUGAUGGGGGAAGUUGCGUAUGUGAUGGACAAUACAAAAUGGAUGGAGUUAAUUGCGUUUCCAAAGGUCUAGGUGAUACCUGCACCGCUAACUCGGACUGUGCAGGAGUCUCCAACGCUGAAUGUAUCGGUUCAACUUGCGCAUGUGCGGGAAACUACAGAAAUGAUGGGGGAAGUUGCGUGUGUGAUGGACAAUACAAAUUAGAUGGAGUUAAUUGCGUUUCCAGAGCUUUGGGUGAUUCUUGCAGUGCAGACGGUCAUUGUGCAGGAGUGACACACGCUAAUUGUAACACAAAUUGUGUAUGUGAGGGACAAUACAAAGUGGAUGGAGCUGCUUGUGCUUCGAAAGGUCUUAAUGAUACAUGUACUGAUGAUGCACACUGCGCUGGCGUUAGUAACGCUGAAUGUGACACAACUUGUCAAUGUAUAUCAGGUUAUACAGCGAGUGGCUCACUCUGUGAUAGCGGCGUUUCUAUUCUGCCUUCAAUGUUAUUGUUUGUGUGUACGUUUGCCAUUACCGUUUUCAUGAAUUAGAAUAAAUACUCUGUGGAAAUUCGCUGUAUGCAAUUACAGGAUGAGGAAGAAGAUGCCAUAAGGGAUGAACCGUUUGAUUAUUAUUUAGUUUACAUCUUACAUGGCAGAAGGUGAUGAAGACUAUCUAUUGAAUACUAUAUGUCAGGAUUAGUUAUUGACUUUCUUAAUUACAACUGAGCACAAUUAACACAUUCCAACUGUGUGUUGAUGAUUGAUACGACUAUUGUUGAUUCCUAAAUACGAACUAUGUGCCCUGAGUAUGGGUUAUAAAAAGAAUUCCGCAUAUUUGUAUUCAAUAAUUAAAUAGUACUGACUACCUGUCCACUAACCUCUACCUGUAUUGCCAGCGAUUUUUCAUUUUUUAUUUAUUCAUUAACACUUAAUCCGCAAAUAUCUUAAAUGUAUUUAUCCAUCUUUGAAUCUAAAAAGACGAAUAAGUCGCUUCAGCCGGCUAGUAAAGGGCUAAGUUUAAGGCAGUUUGUUUGAUCUUACCUAUGUUUACAAUUUGAAAGAGAUGAUAUUAUAAAGCCAUAUUCUUGUGAUGGUAUAAUAUAUAUUUAUAUUAAUUUGGAAAAUAAAAUUUAAAUACUAACUAACUAAAGGGGGGUAACGCCCAAGUAGAUGUUUUGAUAUACAUACACAUUUUUGUUUGAUUGCGUCCCUUUUUUCAUAUUGUUAACGGAAAGGAAUUUUUUUAUAUUUCUGAAUUUAUCUAAAAGAUAACUUUGCCCUCAGCCUGCUUGCUAUGUAAAAAAUAAUUUGCCCUGCCUUUAAUUGGAACAGUCGGUUAUAAGUUUAAAGGGUUUCCACUGCUUUUUGACAUGACUAAAUAGGAAAUAUCAUUUCGAUAUUAUUGUUCCGUUUGAUGCAAGUUGGAACCAAUAACUUAUGCGCAUCAUUUCAUCAUUCACUCACUGUGUGUUGUUUUUUUUCCAAACUCGUAAUAUGACUCAAAAUUGAAAAAUGUUGCAACGCUUUUCACUCAAAUCGGACUAAGAAUAGCACAAAAAUACUAUUUUAAAUUUAUUUCUUAGUAUAUUUCUUUUACAUAUUUUUUACAUAACAUUUUAUUUUAAGUACUCCAGCAGAACUAUGUUAGAAAUUAGGAUUUUAUAUUUUCGGGCGUUUGGAACUUAGUGGAGUCUCUUUAAUAGAUUUCUAUAAAUGUUUUUCAAUUUUCAAUCUUAUCAUUUUUUUAUAAAUUUAUUAAUAUUUUAACUUGGGUGUUGUUUUCUUGGUGUGCUUAUAUUCGCUUAAUCAAUAUUUUAUUCUAAUAAAGAAUUUUUUU